AUGUCUUCGCUCGAGUCACUCAAAGCAACUUUCAAAGGCGACAUUGUCACGCCUUCUGAUCCGGGCUACGAAGAAGCCAUCUCCCGCUGGGCAAAAAAUGCCGAGAGACGUGCUAAAUAUGUCGCAUUUGUCAAGGAUGCAGAAGAUGUCAGGCUGGCUCUUGACCUCGCGAAAUCAGAGAAGAUUCCGCUUGCCAUCAAGGGAGGUGGACACAAUGCUGCAGGGGCAUCGUCAUCGGAGGGUGGUCUCAUUAUAGAUCUAUCAAGGUACCUCGCCAGAGUCACAGUAGACCCCGUGAAGAAGCUAGGUUAUGUCGGCGGAGGUGCGGUUUGGAAGACAGUAGAUGAAGCAGGUAUUGAGCAUGGGCUUGCCACCGUCGGUGGAACAGUAAACCAUGUGCGUCUCAUACGAUUGACCUUGGGAGGAGGGUACGGAUGGCUCUCGGGUGAACAUGGACUGGCGAUUGAUAACCUUGUUCAAGCAAAUGUGGUGACAGGGGACGGUUCUAUUUUGACUGCCAAUAAAGACGAGAAUAGCGACUUAUUCUGGGCGAUACGGGGUGGAGGAUGCAACUUCGGUGUUGUCACUGAAUUUGUGUUCCAACUGCAUGAUCAACGCAGGACAGUUUACUCUGGACCUAUGAUAUUUCCGGGUCCGCUCAUCAAGGGGUUGAUUCAAACCACGAAUGAAUGGUGGCGAAAGCACCCGUCAAAGAAGGAAGGCAUGCUUCAAGUAUUGACUCGUGGCCCUCCACCUAAGAGCCAGCCGUGUGCUGUAUGCUUCAUGUUCUUCAACGGAUCCGAGCAAGAAGGAAGGGAAGCCUUCAAGUCGUUCCUAGAUCUAAAGCCGAUCGACUUAACGUCCGAGAUGCCGUAUGAGAAAGUUAAUUCAUUACAGAAUGAAGUUGCCACGCCCGGUCAAUGUGUUUAUAUGAAAGGGGUUAAUUUCUCCCUUCUACAACCCGAUGAAGCGAGAAUACUCCUGGAUAAGAUUGCGGAGCUGACUGAGGAUAGCACUUUUCGAGUGGCAUCUAUUUUCGAGUUCUUCCCGCCGGAUAAGAUCAACUCAGUACCGAACGACGCAACAGCCAUGAACAACCGGUCUUUCCAGAAGAAUGUGUUAACGUCUUCUUUUUGGGACGAGAAUACUCCGGUGAACCAGAAGACUGGGAGGCAGAAAGUGUAUACGAUAACAGAGCUUAUUACGAACGUAGCUAAGGAUGCGGACGUACUGGAGAAACGCGGUUACGGAAAUUACUCUGACGAGAGCUCGACGUCCGAUCGCUCAGCGGUGCUCUUCGGGGCGAAUUACCCUAGACUACAGGACCUGAAGCGAAAGUAUGAUCCCGACCUACUCUUCAGGAGCUGGUUCCCCAUAACCCCUGCUAAGAUGUAG